UGUAAGGAUAUGACGUCGCAAUCUGGAGAGCGUUUCCUGUGUUUUACCAUGAAUACAUUUUUCAGGACUGCCUGCUUGCAUCGUAGGCCGGUGGAGAGGUUUGAAUAGGUAGAAUCAAAGAUCGCCGCUUUCUGAUAACCGCAAAUAUACGACAUCACUGAUGUUCCUCUACCAACUGUUGCCCUUCCUUUGGGCUGUGUCUGCAAAUGCAGAUUUCUUUCAAUUUGACACUAUUUCAAAUGCAUCUACGUAUUAUUUCAAUUAUAUUUAUUGUAAUAUAUGGGAAGGGGAGUGUCAACCUAAUCAAGAUGAUACGACUCAGCAAGUACCUACGAGGGACCUGUGGGCAGGAUUUCCUCAGGACUACAUCAGUUUGCUGUCACAGUGGUAUUGCAGCCUGGGACAGUGCUGUGAAUCAGGGGAUUGUCGGAUAACAAAUAAUAUUACAGGUUUGGCUAGUGAUCUACAGCUAAAGCUUCACGGGCAGCACCUUGCCCAAUCAGUGGUUUUGAAGGCUGUGCAGGGCUUCAUCAGUAACCCUGAAUCCAAUAAGCCAUUGACCCUCUCCUUUCAUGGCUGGUCUGGCACCGGCAAGAACUUUGUGGCCCGGAUUGUAGCUGACAACAUGUACCGGGAUGGAGUGAAGAGCGAGUGUGUGCGUCUUUUCAUCGCCCCAUUCCACUUCCCCCAUGCCAGACUGGUGGACACGUACAAGGGCCAGCUCAGAGAAGCUAUCCGGGACAUGGUGCUUCGUUGCCCACAGACACUUUUCAUCUUUGAUGAGGCUGAGAAACUGCAUCCGGGCCUUAUAGAUGCCAUCAAGCCCUAUAUGGACCAUUAUGACAAUGUGGAUGGGGUCAGCUACAGGAGAGCUGUCUUCUUAUUCCUCAGUAAUAUUGGUGGGACAACCAUCAACGAUGUGGCCUUGGACUUUUGGCACUCAGGGCAGAACAGAGAGGACAUUGGGAUGGAGGACUUGGAACACCGGCUUCGUGCUGAAGCUAUGGAAUCUCAAGGAGGCUUUGCACAGAGUGAGCUGAUGUCAGGUCAUCUUAUUGACUUCUUUGUGCCCUUCCUACCUCUGGAGUACCGUCAUGUCAAGCUCUGUGCCCGUGAUGCCUAUGCAGCGCGGGGUCUGGAGCCAGACGAGGGAACGCUGGACGAAGUGGCAAAGGCCAUGCUAUAUGUACCCAAGGAGGAGAGGCUGUUCUCUGCCCAAGGCUGCAAAUCCAUACCACAGAGGAUCAAUUUCUUCCUCCCCUAAACAGACUAAUGCAACCCAGAAAACACACAGUAUUUUAGCAAAAACAAAAAAGUAUGAUGACAUAUCGAACAUUGUUGCAGUGUGGUGUUUCCACGCCUCACCCUACACUGCCAAGAAAGCAAGCAUAGGGCAUCUGUCUCUUGUAAGAUUAUAUCUGAUAACCAAAUAAGAGAUUUUACUAGUGUUCAUUUUCAACUUUGAUUUUUCCCUGCUCAUUAGACUACUUAUGCACUGAUUUUUAGGUCAAGCUCAGGUCAACUCUGUAGUGUUAGUAUUUGCAUGUAUAUAUUUAUAGUGCAUUUGGAAAGUAUUUAGACCCCUUGACUUUAUCCACAUUUUGUUACAGCCUUAUUCAAAAAUUUAUUAAAUUGCCCCCCCCCAUUAAUCAAC